AUGCGGUGGUUCACGCUCCUCACAGCAUCGCUGCUGCCCUUUGUAGCCCUCGCAGCCAAGAAGCCCGCCGGCGACCGCUUCAAUGACGCCCGCGCCAAAUCGCUGUCUACCGGCCGCCCGCUCAAGCUCAACGAUGCCAGCUACGCCCAACUAACAAAGUCGCCGAGAGACUACGGUGUUGCUGUACUACUCACGGCAUUGGAGCCCAGGUUCGGAUGUGCACUCUGCCGGAGCUUCCAGCCAGAAUGGGACCUACUGGGUAAUAGCUGGACAAAGGGCGACAAAGACGGCCAGUCCAGACUUGUCUUUGGUACCUUGGACUUUGUCGACGGAAAGAACGUCUUUCAAUCGAUGCAACUCCAAACCGCCCCCGUCCUCCUCUACUUCCACCCCACCGCCGGCCCCCACGCAAAAGUCGACGCGCAACCCGCCCGCUUCGACUUCACCGGCGGUCCUCAAACCGCUGAACAAAUCCACGCCUGGGUCGCCCGCCAAGUCCCUGAUGGCCUCCCCAAACCCUCCGUAUCCCGCCCCAUCAACUGGGUCAGGGUUAUCACCAUCACCACCUCGGUCCUCGGCGGCAUCACUGCCAUCUUCGUUGCCUCGCCAUACGUCGUCCCUUUGCUCCAGAACCGCAAUCUCUGGGCUGCCGUUAGUCUGAUUGCCGUGUUGCUCUUCACCAGUGGCCACAUGUUCAAUCACAUCCGCAAGACGCCCUACGUUGUUGGUGAUAACAAAGGUGGCAUCAAUUACUUUGCAGGCGGCUUCAGCAACCAGUACGGCCUCGAGUCGCAGAUCGUCGCUGCCAUCUACGGUGUCCUUGCUUUUGCCGCUAUUUCGCUGGCUGUCAAGGUCCCCAGGAUCCAGGAUGUGCGCGCUCAGUCGCUGGCCGUCUUUUUGUGGACUGGUGUCCUUUUUGGCAUGUACAGCUUCCUCAUGAGCGUCUUUCGUGUCAAGAAUCCUUCAUACCCCUUUUGGCUGCCUCCGUUUUAA